UAGCACCAUAACAUCGAUACUAUCGAUAGUGCCCUCGUUGGUUUGACACCUCUAGUCCCCUACUCAAAUCCAAAUUCCUCAGUCAAAAUAUAAAAUUUACAAAUAUAUAAUAGAAAAAUAUACAAGCAGCGAAUAAGUAGAAUGAGUUUUGGGCUUAACACACAAUCGCAAAGUACACAUGUAGAAAGCAAUAAUCGUACUCUGGAGUCGGACCUGCCACAAAAGUACGCAAACGGACACGCUAUGGCAGAUGCCGACCAUGACCCGUAUUUAAACGAAAGAAUCAUGAGUUCCCAUGAAGCGCUCUUCAGUGGAUCGUUGAACUCGCUUGCCCAGAAAGACGAGAGCAUGGAAGAGGAUGUUGUCGGUUCCGGGACAGGCCUCGUCGGACUGCAAAACAUUGCCAACACAUGCUACAUGAACUCGGCACUCCAAGCGCUGAGUAAUCUGCCGCCCAUGACUCACUACUUCAUCAACUGCAGCGAUCUGGUGGAGUACAUUGCGGAUCAGAGAGCGAAUGCCCGAAUCUGCAAGCCAGCGGGUCUGGCCAAGAGCUACAUUCGCCUGAUGCAGGAAAUCUGGUCGGAGAUAGAAGACCCCAAAGAAUACAUCGCCCCCCGUGGCAUUUUGUAUGGCAUACGAUCGGUGCAUCCGAUAUUUCGGGGCUACCAGCAGCAUGACACGCAGGAGUUCCUUCGCUGCUUCAUGGAUCAGCUGCAUGAGGAACUCACGGAGCAGGUUUCUCCACAGUCGCGGCAAUCGCAACAGCGUCAGAAUAAACAGCCCAACGAAACUGACGACGAAAACGAGGAUGAAGUGCCGCCUUCCUCGCAUUCGGCGACAGGCUCUGAAAGCGAAUAUGAAACGUGUGAGAGCAGCAUGUCCGAAAUCGCGGGGGAAGUCAUGAUAAACACCGAAUUCUUUGUUACGCCAAGCCGAACUGUCAUCGGUUCAGGCACUGCGACUCCAGAGGCUCCUCCAAAGCCGCAGCAGCAGCGUAAACAGAAAAAACGUGAAACGUCGUCAGAUCAAAAACCAAUAGAGUCGGCGCGUUCCAUCAUCAGUGACGUGUUUGACGGCAAACUGCUCUCCGCCGUUCAAUGCCUCACCUGCGAUCGGGUGUCCUCACGGCAGGAAACAUUCCAGGAUCUUUCACUGCCUAUUCCCACAAGAGACUUCCUCAAUGUGCUGCACCAAACGCAUAGCCUAAGUGUCCAGAGUUUGAGCGCCGCCGAAACAUCAAGCAGAACCAAUGACGGCUGGUUGGCGUGGAUGUGGGGCUUGUUUAGAUCGUGGCUGUAUGGACCCUCGGUAACACUCUACGAUUGUAUGGCCAGUUUUUUCAGUGCGGACGAGCUCAAAGGCGACAACAUGUACAGCUGCUCGCGAUGCAACAAACUGCGAACGGGUAUCAAGUACUCGCGUGUAAUCAACCUGCCCGAGGUGCUGUGCAUCCACCUGAAGCGCUUCCGACACGAUCUGUCCUACAGCUCGAAGAUCUCGUCGCACGUUAUCUUUCCCAUGGAGGGCUUCGAUAUGCGGCCUUACGUGCACAAGCAGUGCAAAAGCGAGGUGCCCAUCUACAAUCUUUCAUCCGUGAUCUGCCACCAUGGCACCGUCGGCGGCGGCCACUACACGUGUUAUGCACGCAACACUCUGAACGGCCGUUGGUAUGAGUUCGACGACCAGUUCGUGACUGUGGUGAGCCCCGAUGUGGUGCAGAACUGCCAGGCCUACGUACUUUUCUACCAAAAGCACAAUCCCCUGAUAAAGCUCGUCCGCGAGGAAGCCAAACAUCUGUCCAACUCACACCCCUUCUGCGAUUCUGACAUUCAGUUUUAUGUGACGCGCGAGUGGCUCUCCCGCCUGGCCACCUUCUCCGAGCCGGGUCCCAUCAAUAACCAGGAAAUGCUGUGUCCCCAUGGCGGCGUUCUACAUUCCAAAAUGCCUAUGAUCAGCCAGAUUGCAGUGCCGAUUUCCCAGCCCCUGUGGGACUUUCUGUGCAAAACUUUCGGCGGUGGACCGCCAGUGAACAUUCUCUUUGAGUGCGAGAUUUGCAAGCGCGCGGCUGAGGCGCUCUCCAGGCGACAGCAGCAUGAGCUAAGCGAGUUUACCAAAUUGAACGGGCUUCACAGCGAGUUCGACUCAUCUGCCAUUUUUGCCAUCGACAUGCCCUGGCUGCGGUCUUGGCAGAACUUUUCCCGCGGUAAGACCUCCAAGGAGCCGGGCCCCAUCAAGAAUGAGGGAAUAGCCUCUUCCACGGAUAGCAACUGUACCAUCCGCAGUGUGAGGAUCGGAUCGGAUUAUGCUCAGCUUAAUGCCCGCUCAUGGCGGCUCCUGCACGGCAUCUAUGGCGGCGGACCGGAGAUCUUGCUGCGACAGGCUCUCUCUGACGACGACGAAGAAGAGAUCGAAAUCAUAGACCAGGACGAUGAGUGCUAUGACGUAGAGUCGCCAGAGGCUGAAGAGGAAAAUGUAACGGCCAAUAGUUACCUGGGUAAUCAUUCCGACACCGAAAGCAGCCGAGGACGCCGCACCACCCCGAGUCCAAGUGUGAGUCCCGGCCCCUCGCCGAAGCCGCAGCCACAGCAGACCGUGGAGACGACCAGGACCCCCAUCCCUGAGCAGCACAACACCCCAAAAUCAAAGCGCAGCAGAACCAGCGUGACUACCUUGCGGCUCAACAUGCGCAAGCGAGGGAAGCGCAAUCGGAGCAGCUUCAAGCACGCGGAUAUGUUUGGAGCCAAAGGGAACUACAAUGUCAAAACCAAUGCGGAACCACCAGCAGCAGCACCAGCAGAUCAGGAUAAGAAUAAGGAAAGGGGAAAGGAUAACGAGGAGAAGGAAAAAACCACUGCAUUUCAAAGCGAAUACAGCAUACCAAUAUCGAUACCAUUCCAAAGUGACAAUUUCCAGGUCAACGGCUUGCCGGAAAAGACGCGCGAAAAGGGGAAGCGGCGGAACAGUGUUGGCGGCAGCAAGUCAAACAACAACAAGGAGAACGUCACCCUGCAGAAGUUUGUGACGGUGCGCGAGCCCUCUGAGCCAACGGAUGAGAGUGAGAUUUGAUCGAUAGCGCGGGCGGAUCCGACAUGCCAGCCGAAAAACAGGCCACAAUCAAGGUUUAGGCGUAGACAGAAACGCCAUUAGUUUAUAUACCUCAGUGUAUAGCUGGGUGGAGGCUAUAUAAAUUGUGUAAAAAUUGUAUUUAUGUAUUGAUGAUGAUCGAAGUGCUAUCGCCGUUGCAUUCGCAUACGCAUACACCUUUCUAGUUUUAUUAGCUAUAAUUGACCCAGGGGCAGAGAUGGAGAGGCAAGGCCCGCUCCUUGCCGAGAUGAGCACUCAUCAUGCAGUAGGAUGAUUUAAUUGAAUUGGAAAAUAAAUCAGAUUAUGCAUGCAUCCAUCAACCAGGACUAUUGGUAAAUAAGAGACAAAAUUCUUGAAACCUGCCAUUACAAUUAUAAUAAACAAAAAAAAAAAACAAAUAGAAAGCCAGAAGAAGCAUAAAAACAACCA